CAUAGUUCUUGUGGGCUUAUUGUUGGAAACCUUCAUCUUUGGAUAAACUUGUUGGAAAUCUCACCAAACUUUAACAAUGCCUUUCAAAGUGCAAAUCGACAAAUGUCCCGUGUGUGACAAAGCUGUUUAUGCAAAUGAGGCCAGAUUGUGCGCUAGUGAGAAAUUCCACAAAUACUGUUUCAAAUGUAGUAUGUGUGCCAAGAUGUUGGACAGUACUACUGUAGCCAACCAUGGUGUGAUCCUCUAUUGUAAGCAAUGUCACGGUAAGAAGCAUGGUCCCAAGGGCUAUGGCUUUGGGGGUGGUGCAGGAGCUCUCAGCAUGGACCAGGGAGAGCGUCAUGGAAAUGUUGAAAGUGAAAUGGGAAACAAACCCACUGAGGUACAUGUAGGUGCUGCAACUGCUUGUGUUAAACCUGAAGAUGGGGGCUGUCCAAGAUGCGGCAAACGUGUCUAUGAUGCUGAGAAAGUUAUCGGAGCUGGAUGGGGUUGGCACAAGAACUGCUUCAGAUGCAAGCCUUGUAACAAGUCCCUGGAUUCCACUACAUGUACUGACAAAGAUGGAGAGCUUUACUGCAAAUCAUGCUAUGCCAAGCAGUUUGGCCCCCAUGGCAAGAUCUAAGCUGUCCAAAGAUGAAGAUCUGAUCAAGAUAGUACCAUUAAAGACAUACACUGUAAAACUUGUCUAAGUUGGUCUCAUCUCCAACAAACAAACCAGGGAAUGAUCGGAAUUACAAGUUUUCAAUGCCAGCUGAAUCCCAG